AUGGCCGUAAGUGGAGAAAUAAUAAUUGAAAAAUUCUUUUUAGAGGGCAAAAGCGCAAUAGUACAGGGUAUAGCACUAUGUUUUGGAGCAACGGGUCACUCGGUAGGCCGCGAUGCUAGCUUAAAUCACUACAUUAAAGAUUAUCACCUUAAAAAUGGCCCUAGUUGUGCUAAAAUCGAGAUGUAUAUAUCGAACAGUGGACCAAACAGUUAUGAACCUGAAGUUUACGGAGAUGUUAUAAUACUAUCAAGAACAAUUUAUAAGAAUGGGUCCACCUAUUAUUUGGCUGGUUCACUGGUUAAGAAAACACCAAUUGAUCGCAAAACAUUAAAUCAAUACCUAAGAAAGAUUAAACUCAACGUACUACUUAACCAACUCCACACACUACUCAUUUAUUUAUUAAUAAAUAACCCUACUACUUAUAUGGACCAAGAGAUGUGUAAGUCGUUCUUCUUCCAGUCGAGCUCUCACAGUUUUUACAAGUACUACAGCUCCUGUGCAGGACUAGACAAAAUGGAAGAAAAGAUUAACACUGAAAAAAAGAACUUAGAAGACUGUAAGGCUGAGUUAAGAAUAAGGAAAAAGGUUUUGGAGCCGGACCAGCAGAAGUUAGAGCAGCUUUUGAAACAAAUUGAGUCUUUUGAACAAAAAUUAAACGAGUGGAAGUCAGCAAAGGAAUCAUACAAAUUGGCGCUAUAUAAGGAAUCAGUGGAAGAUUACGAGUCAGCCAAGCUAAAAUAUGAGAAACAGAAAUCAAAUGAUCCAACGGAACAAAUUACUCAGAAGGAAGAAUCAAUCACACAACUAAAUACACAACUGGCUCAACUUAAAAGUGAAAUCAACGAUCUUAUAACUAAUUCCAUGGAACUUAAAGAUAAAAUCAGAACUGAGUCAGACUCAGUAUCUAUCUGUGAAGAUUCAAUCAAGGAGCUGAAAACUUCGAUGGUGGCCCUGGAAUCUAACAUAGCCCAAGUUGAAAAUGACCUUAAAAAGUUCAAAACUGAUGAAAAACAAUCUGAAACUAACUCUAGAACUGAACUUGAUGAAUUAAGAAAGGAACUCCAAUUGAUAAGUGAAGAGUAUGAAAAAUUGGAAGAAGAACACCAGUUACUAUUGUCAGAAUUGACAUCAUACGAGGAAGCUAACAAUGAAAUUGAAUCCCAAAUGAAACAAAUUAACUCUGAUCUGGAGGACAUGAAACGUGACUAUGAAGCUGUCAAAUCUAAUGAUUCAAAUACAUUUUUAACUUCGAGAUUCAUGCUGUACAAGUAUAAUCCGGUGCAUGUUCGAGAAACAAUACAAAAGAUGAAGUCCUCAAGCUUAUUUGUACACGAACCGAUAGGCCCAGUAGGAGAAUAUUUGAGAGUUGUUCAAUCAGUGCCAUCGUGGAAAGUUUUGCCAAUAGUAGAGAGACAUUUGAAAAAAUUUCUAUUUAAUUGGGUGGUUCAUACAGAACAAGAUAGAGUCGCAUUACAGAAAAUACUAGUUGAAAAUGGCUGUGAUAGUAAUAAUAUAUUCAUAACAAAGACAAACCUGUUUACCAGAAAAACAGAUACGUUAGAAAAGGCACAGAAGGAAGUGGAUGAAGUCGGCUUUAAUUCCGUGAUUUUAAAUUUCCUUGAUGUAAAUGAGAUCCCAUCAGUACUAAUAAACAUCAUGAUCGACUCCUUUAAUAUCUCGAAAACAGCCAUUUGUAAAGAUGAAAAGGAGAUGAUAAAGGUGCUGAAGGACGAAAAAAUGAAAAUCACAGCAGCAUACACCAUUAAUAGCGUUGAUUUCGGCAAAAGAGUAAAUGGAGCACUCUUUCUGACCCCAGCCUACGACAAGAACCCAUUCCACUAUCGUUUCGUUAGAUAUUCGUGCCAAGAAGAGGUUGACCCAGUAUAUGACUUAAAACAGAGAAUGUUAGACCUCAAAACAAGAGAAAACACCCUUAAAAAGUAUUCUAAGGAACUUCAUGCCGAGUUGGUAGCUAACAAAAAGAAAGUCAACUCUACAAAUAAUAAAAUUAACUCAAUCAAUAAUAAGAAAACACAACUUAUAACUGAAAAAACGAAACUUGAAGCGGAUUUGAACUCACAAAUGGAAAUUGAACAGCUUUUAAACAAUAAUGAAGCAAUUGAAGAAGUUAUAAAUCUCAGAACGAAAUAUACCGAACAGUUGGCCUCCCUUAAGAAGCAAAUGAGUGAAUAUGAGGAUAAACUUGACGUUGUUUUGAGAGAUAAAAUGAACCACGAGGAAAAUAUGAGGACUCUGAACACAUCUCUUGAGUCUGUUCUUGGAACAAUAUCAAAUAAGAAAAUGGAAUCGAAUAAAACACAGACUUCGAUAAAUAGCUGUAAAAGUGAGAUAAAGCAAUUCUUGAGAGAAAGUAUAAAUUACAACACGAUACUGAAAGAUUGUGAGAAUAGUAUGAACGAAGCGCAAAAGCAAUUGAAGAAAUGUGAAAAUGACCUAAAAGAGUCUGGAAUAGACUAUUCGGGUGAGCUUCCACCGAAGAAAUCACAGGAGUACCUGAGAAUCAUGAAUACUAGUCGGGAGAUUCUGUCCUCAAUUGUGGAUUCAUCAAGCGGUAUAGAAAAUUAUCUGGAGAGCCUAAAGGCCAAAUAUUUUGAGGCUGAGGAGUCUUUGAAGGACAAAAUGGCGAACCUGUUGGAAACCCAAAAGAACUACUCAAGACAGAAGACAAACUAUGCAAGCAGAUUAAAAUUGUUUGAUGAAUAUAGACUUAGAAUGGAAAGGCUGGCCAAGGCUGUCUUUAAAAGCACACUUGAUUCUGUUUGUGGGUAUGAUGGGAAUUUAAUAUUCAAUGACCUCAACAGGUAA